CCUGAUCAACCGCGGCGCCACGCGGCGCAAGUAAUCAUGCGGCGUCGUCAAAGGGAAGAAAAAUAAAUCAACAACUUUGUGUGUUGUGUCGUGCGACGCAGACAUGUCGUGGUCAGCUCUGUCCGAGGCAAACUUUCAUUACCCUGAGCUCACGCUCGACGACCCGAGCAAACAGGCAACGGUAGAAGACAUCGUCCGACCACUAGUCCUCUCGCCCCACAAAAUUACCAAAAUCCGAGAUGUGUUCAUCAGUGAACUGGAACUGGGACUGCAGAAGAACCCUGAAAAGGCUUCUUCGCUACAGAUGGAGAACACUUAUCUACCAGAACUGCCCGACGGCACAGAGAAGGGCGAGUUCCUUGCACUGGACUUAGGAGGCACAAAUUUCCGCGUCCUGCACAUUGUCCUGGACGACGUUGCCGAACCCGUCUUCCAUGUCCAGUACUUCUCAGUUCCAGAGCCCGUUCGCCUGGGUGCCGGAGAGAAGUUAUUCGAUUUCCUGGCUGACUGCAUUCACAAGUUCUUGGAGGAGAACAAACUAUUUGGCAAACGGCUUCCUCUGGGAUUCUGCUUUUCGUUCCCGAUGACACAGAAGGCGCUCAACGUGGGCAUACUCGUUACCUGGACAAAGAGCUUCAACUGCUCCGGCGUUGUCGGAAAAGAUGCCGUCCAGCUGCUAAAGGAAGCUAUCGACAGGAGGGGGGGUAUGGACGUCGACAUCGUGGCUGUAGUGAACGAUACGACGGGCACCUUGGUUAAAGGAGCCUUCCUGGACCACCAUUGUGCCAUCGGGAUGAUACUAGGAACUGGGAGCAACGCCUGCUACUUGGAAAAAGUUGACAAAAUAGCGAAGUGGGAAGGCGACAAGACAUGGGUUCACGAGGUUGUUAUCGAUGUAGAAUGGGGCGCAUUCGGCGACAACGGCGUCCUCAACUUCAUGAAGACCAGCUUCGACAAGGCUGUCGACGAGAACUCGCUCCUGGUCAACUCUUUCACCUUUGAAAAGUUAUUUUCCGGCAAAUUCCUGGGCGAAUUGGUACGCAACGUCCUGGUGAAGCUGGUGAGGGAGAAGGUCCUGUUCGACGGGCGAGCUUCGGAGACGCUUCGCACCCAGAGGACUUUCACGACUGCGGACGUCUCCCAUCUUGAAGCGGAGGACGGCGAAGGACGGGCCCGUGAAAUUUUCGCUCGUCUGGGAUACAUCAGGGUGACGGAGGACGACAUCGCCAUUGUUCGCUAUGUGUGCGGUGUGGCUUCUUCACGAGCCGCGCUCCUAGUGUCUAUUUGUCUGGCCGUCCUCCUGGAACGAAUGGACAAGCCCACGGCGACCAUAGCCGUGGACGGGUCCCUCUACAAGCACCACCCGAGAUUCCACAGGCUCAUGACAGAUUACGUAGCGGUACUAGCGCCGGACCGACCGUUCAAGCUCAUGCUGGCCGAAGACGGCAGCGGCAAGGGCGCCGGCCUGGUAGCAGCGGUGGCCGACAGGCUCAAGAGAGCAGCGGAGCGGAGGGCGUCGCAGCUAUAACGAAUUCGUUUAACUGUUGCGAAGCACGCCGUAUAGUGCUUCUAAGCUAUUGAUUUAGUCAACCAAGGUAGAAGUUUAACAAAUGCAGGUCGACGGGCCAGUGGUUAAAUUAUGCCAUACUGUAACGACCCGAGCAGCACAACAUCUUGGCACAAUAAUGGACCAUUAUUGGCAAUCCCGGUCCAAUACUGGACCAGGAUUGGACCAACAUUGGGCCAAUAUUGCCAAUAUCGGUCCAAUAUUGGGCCAAUAUGUUGUGCUGCUUGGAGAGUUGUCUGAAAAGUGAGGGUUUCCUCUAUCUUCUGAUGUACUGGCGUCAUGGGCUACGUGCGAUUAUCUGCCACAAUCCACCGAUUGAUAACCUCUAGGUUUCAGUAAUUUGAGAGUUCGUGUACCUAUAUGUGCAGAACGUCAGUACCUGAGGCGCGCAUACGCGGGGUACUGCGCACCUAACCUCGCAGGGAUCGCCAAUAGGUAUUAAUUAACGGGUCGAUAUUUCAUAUCACGGGGCGACUAAAUGAACAUAGUGUUGAAGCGCAAACAUAAAGUGACGAACCGCGCCUGGGGAUCCGGAAGGCAGAAAGCAAACAACCGUCUAAAUCGCACUCCAACAUUGUUGUAAAGGUCUGAAGGCGAGCUGCAUCACCUGCAUUGUGAAUAUUAUUUGCCGAAAAUAAAUCGCAUUCUAAAUUA